AUGUUCCUGUACGGCGCGUUCAUCGCGUCCGCGUCCAUCGGCGCGCUCAUCACCGCCACCUCGCUGCUCGCCAUCGCGGCGGGCGCGCGCGACGCGGAUGCGCUGCAGAUCCAGGACUCUCUCAAGGACCUCGGGAUUGACGUGGCGGCUGUCGCUAUAUUCGCGUUCCUGUAUCGGUCGGACGCCUGGGGCAAGGACGCAUCUCUGAACCGGCUGACCCGGGAGGAGUCCCUGGCAAAGCUGCGCCUAGAACUGCCCACGGGGCGCAUCGUGAGCCUGGCCCAGCUGCAGGGCACCUGCCGCCUCAUCAUUGUCGCUGGCCCCCUCUCCCACGUGCAAACCGCCCUUGCUGCUGCCGAGCCGUACCGCGCUGCACUCCUGGAGCGAGCAGUGGUGGUCGCUCCGCUUGUGACCGUGGGUGCGGAAGCAGGGGCGGCGGCUUCUGGGAAUGUUGUUAUGCCGGGGGAAUUUAAGGGGUUUGCAGAGGUGGUGGAUCCGGCUUGGGGGGGUGAAGUGGCUGGGGAUGGUAAUGGUGGGGGAAAGGUGGGACAGUAUCCUCUUGCCGCCAUGGAAGCCGCCCACGCCGUCGACGCGCACCUCAUGAAGAAUCAGGGUCCUGACGUGGAGGCGGGCCCGUCGAGCGAUCUGCUUUACCCAGGAAUUACGCUGUCCGAGAAUGAGAUGCGAUGGGGAUUCAUUCGGAAGGUGUACGGCAUUAUUGGAGCACAACUCCUGCUCACCGCAGCCGUCGGAUCGUGCUUCGCUCUCAUCCCAACCGUCCGCGACUUCGGCCUGACCAAUGGAUACUUCAUGUUCUUCGCCACCAUCCUACCCUUCGCCACGCUCAUUCCGCUCGUCAUUUACCGGUCUCGCCAUCCUCUCAACCUGGCCUUGCUCGCAAUCUGGACGGCGUCCAUGAGCAUGACUGUGGGCCUCAUCUGCAGCAUGUACAGCGGGCCCAUAGUGGUGGAGGCCCUCGGCCUUACAGCUUCAGUGGUGCUGGGGCUCACAGCGUACACCUACUAUGCUGUCAAGAAGGGACAGGAGUUCAGCUACCUGGGUCCCAUGCUGUACGUCAGUCUCUGGCUGCUGCUCGGCUGGUCUUUCAUCCAAAUUUUCUGGGGCCUCGGCAGCGAGUUCGCCCUGGCGCUGGUGGGUGCCCUCAUCUUCGCCCUCUUCAUUGUGUACGACACCGACCUCAUUAUCAGGCGGUACUCAUAUGAUGAGUAUGUGAUGGCAAGCCUCAACAUCUAUCUUGACAUCAUCAACCUCUUCAUUCGCAUGCUUGAGAUCUUGCAGUACCUGCAGGGCAACAACUGA